AUGAAGCUGUCGAUUAUCUCUCUCCUGCUGGCUGCCUUGGCUCAGCAAUGCUUGGCCGGGACCAGCGCACCCGAGAUUUCCAUUGGCUUGAAUACAGCCACUGCUGGCACUAGCAAGUUGGGUGGCAUCGAACCCCAGAUCAAAUGGAAGACCUCGGGAAGUAUCGGUGACAACGAUGUCUUUGGAGGAAUCGAUGUGACGGUGCAAGAUGUGGACGCCUUUAAAGAAACCGUAUGGGGUAUGGUCAAACGCAAUGUCAAAGGAUUUGGCUUGUCCGCACGAGGUCAAUUCUCGGUUACCAAUAUCGACAAGGUGGAUUUGGAUUUCCAAUGCGACACGCCUACUGAUACCGUGCUGCAAAUGAAGGCAUCGGCCGGCAAGGAUGGUUCCUUUUCCGUUUCCAAAGUCAAGGCCGUUCAGACUAUUGAUGCGGCUGGGGGGACUGUGAUUGCCGCUCCAACCUACGAUUUGGGAUCCUCCAAGGGAGAUCUCAGUCUGGCAUAUGCCAAAGACAAUACCAACAGUAUUCAAUUGGACAUCAACACGGACAACGAUGCCAAACUAUCUUUGAUGCAACGAUUGGGCAGUAACCACAUUGUGCGUCCAUCCAUCACCAAGGAUGGUCAAUUGGAAGUCAAGUAUGAAACACGCGUCGAAAUAGGCACGAUUACCACCACAUACAAACCCAAUCAUCAUAUCGAUAUCCAAUUUGCCGAUGGACCCUGGCAAGCCAAUUUGAAUGCACCCAUGGAUGGAUACCUUGGUUUGGAUGGUGGAUGCAAAGUUAGCGUCAAAACCAAGGUGGAUAUCAACCCUGACAUGUGGUAA